GGAGGGGUUAGAUGUCCUUCCGGUCAGUUCAAAUUUAAUUUCCAUGGAAGAGGGAUCAGUAAUUGAUCAGGAGGGUCAGGUUAUACUCAUUGAGCAAUCGGGAUAUAUCUCGGAAGGGGAGCAUAUAACUGUAGAGAAUCUUGCUAGAGAGUCUUGGAGGCAGGUGUGUGGGGAGUUGCACAAUAAGGUGGAACAAAUACUAAAUGGUAAGGCUGAGGCCUUAGGGGUGGUCUCGAGAAGAAAGGUCAAAGAUGUUCAUCCUCCACGAUCGGUCACUACACGGUUAGCGGCCAAGAGGAACAACAAGGGUCUCACCUUGGAUGUUUCCUUAUGAAGCUGCUCAUAUGGAACUUGCGUGUCCUUGCCUCUUCAUGCCCAAGGCUGCGUGAAAUUGUUAGGCACUACUCAAUUGGUCUUGUUGCUAUUAUUGAACCAAUUGUGGCUCAAAAUAAAGGUUUUUUUUCCUUCAUAGUUUGGGGUUUACGAACAUUUACAUGUCUCAAUCUAAUAAGAUUUGGAUUAUGUGGAAUAAUACUUAAUUUGAGGUGAAUAACAUCCGGGAUGGCAAUCAGUUUUUAUUGGCUAAUGUAAAGUAUAUCCCCAGGGAUUUAAAUUUUAUUUUUACUCCGGUUUAUGGAUUACACACAAGAAGGGAUAGAGAGGAGCUUUGGUCUGGUUUGACUAAUUUUGCUAGGGUGGUGGAUAAGGCCUGGAUCAUGGGGGGGGGGGGGGGGGGGGAUUUCAACAUUGUAUCCUCACUAUCAAAGUACAAAGGACCUUCCAGCCCACUUAUAGGAUACAUGCAGGAUUUUAGAGAUUGUAUAUCGGUUUGUGAGCUUCACCAACUUCCCACUAUUGGUUCUUCCUACACAUGGACCGGGGUUAGGGCCAAUGUUAGAAUUUGGGAAAGGCUAGACAGGUACUUGGCUACUCAAGAUUUCUUGCAAAUUUUCACAUAGUUACCAUUCAACACCUAAGCAAAUCUCCUUCGGAUCACUGCCCUAUAUUGUUACUCUGAGGAGGAGAUGGAGAGGGGUCCGAGUCAGUUUAGAUUUCAAAAUAUGUGGUUUACUAGUGAGGAUUUUCUUCCUUUUGUAAAAGCUAAAUGGAAAGAUUACCCGACGGUGGGAGGUAUGAGAGGACUGACUGCGAAGCUCCAGGCGUUUAAAGAGGAUGUUAAAAGGUGUAACAUGGAAUGUUUUGGGGACAUAUUUCGGGAGUUUGAUAGACUGGAAAAGGAAGCUAUCGGUGCAAAUUCGAUCAAGGAAUUUGAAGCUAUCGGUGCAAAGCUAUUGGCAGCAGCAGUCAAGAGUAAAUUGGAUCAAGGAAGGAGAUGCAAAUUCGAAGUUCUUUCACCAGGAUGUUAAAGAGAAAGUUCAAAGACAACAUAUUCAGGCUAUAAAAAGGCCUAAUGGGGAGUGGGUGUAUGAUACUAAAGAGAUAGGGAAGGAGGUUGUUUGUUUCUUUCAAGACCUCCACGACUUUCAGCAAACAAGUUCUCAUGGAAAAUUGUUAUGUAAUAUCCCUUCUCUUUUAGAAGAGGCUGAUAAUGAUUCUCUUAUUGCAUUGCCAGGUGAAAAGGAGGUUAGAGAGGCUAUAUGGAAUCUAAGUUCUUAAGCAGCUCCUGGUCUGGAUGGUUUUGGUGGAGCCUUUAAUAAGGGGUGUUGGGACAUUAUAAAGCAGGAUGUUAUUUUGGCAGUACACGAAUUUUUCAUGGGAUUUCCGGUGCCGAAGGGCGUUGCUAGUGUGAAUAUGGUUCUUAUCCCUAAAAAGAAAAACCCUACUUCUUUUGGGGAUUUCCGACCUAUAUGUCUUUCUAGGCUUUUGAUCGGGUUGCUUGGAGGUUUUGGAUGCUAUUUUGAUGAAGUUUGGUUUCUCUAAUCAUGUGCGGCUCUUAAUUAUGGGGAUUUAUGGGUAAUAGGCCAAAGCAUCAUUGGGAUAACAUGAAGAGAAUGUGUAAGCCUGCGGAGGCAGGGGGAGUUAGGUAUCAGGUCUAUUUCAGAUAUCCAGAAGAUAUCCUCAAUUAAGCUAUGGUGACAGUUUCAGAAGGAGGACUCAAUUUGGUCUCAGCUUAUGAAAGCAAAAUAUGGUAGAAGGUGCUUGGGGGUUUCCAAACCCACAGAUUCUCCUACCUGGA